AACUCCACCAUGAAAUUUACUUCACUCACCACCAUUGUCAUUUCUGCCACAACAAUGGCUGGAGUAGCUAUCGAAUCCGAAGACAUGACGGUAACACCCGUGGGCCAAUCCUGCGACUCCAAGUAUCCAGUGCAGUGCUCGGCGGACCCCAAAGGUUGGAACAACAAGAAUGAUUUCGGGUUUUACUGUAGCCCUACAGGCAUGAUCCUAUCAGUCACACCAUGCGACUGUAAAGACUGCUGUACCGUGAUUGAUGAUGGAAAUAAUUUCGUCUGUCAUCAUGAGCCUGGGCGUAAAGGACAUCUGUGAUGUAGAAUCAAUAUUAAUUACCUUGGUCGUACAAGGUCAC